AAUUGUACAGAAACUGUUUCCAUUUCCAAUGCUCUGUCUUCCAAUUCCAAACGAUUACAAUUUUCAGAAGAUGGGGCGUUUGGAAGAUUACAAGCCUGCAUUGGCCAUGGUGGCCUUGCAGUGCAUUUAUGCAGGUCUUGCCAUCUUCAGCCGAGCUGCUCUUCUCGAUGGGAUGACCCCCAGAGUUUUUGUUGUCUACAGAAACGCCAUCGCCACUCUAGCCAUGCUCCCUGCUUCUUUUUUCUUAUCAAGGAAGACUAGCAACAGGCCUUCAAUUGGACUCACGGGCUUUUCUCUGAUUUUUCUGACUGCUCUCAUUGGAGUAACGGGCAAUCAAAAUGCCUAUUUUGAAGGGCUCUACUUAUCCUCCUCAACAGCGGCCAGUGCCAUCGUUAAUCUGAUCCCUGCAAUCACGUUUGUGAUGGCAGCCAUUGCAGGAUUGGAGAAACUAAAGGGGAGAAGCUGGAGAAGCGCUGCCAAAGUAGUGGGAACAGCGGUAUGCGUUGGGGGAGCUGCUUCCAUGGCGCUAAUAAAAGGCCCUAAGCUAUUGAACACAGAGAUUUUGCCUAAAAAUGUUGGCCUUUUCAAUAUGCUUGGAAUCGGAGGAGAAAGCGGAGAGGACACGUGGCUUCUGGGCUGCGUGCUUCUCUUCGUGAGCAGUUGCUGCUGGGCAUUUUGGAUCAUCAUGCUGGUUCCAGUUUCAAGGCACUGUCCGGACCAUUUAAUUUCUUCCACCUGGAUGUUGUUCUUCGCCAUGUGUCAAUCCGCAGCCAUCACUCUGCUUGUAGACGACACCGAUAAAAUUUUGAAUCUUCCUUCUCCAUUGCAAUUGGGUUCUUGUUUAUACGCCGGAACAUCCUCUGCUUUGUCCUUUUUCGUUCAAGCUUGGUGCGUCUCGCGCAGAGGGCCCCUUUUCACCGCAUUGUUCAACCCUCUUUGCACUGUAAUCACAACUUUCAUUUCUUCUAUAUUUAUGCACGAACAGCUAUACACUGGCAGCUUAUUGGGUGCUGUUGGUGUGAUAAUUGGGUUGUAUAUCGUACUAUGGGGUAAGGCCAAAGACGUUGAAGAGAUUAAACAAGACGUGAUUGAUGAUUCUUUUGUGAAGAAUGAUGAUUAUUCUAGGAACGAUCUAGAACAGCCAUUGCUAUGCGGUGACACGACCAAGUGAUAAACUUGAAAAUUUUGAGCAUUGAAUGAUUGGAAAAUGAAAGGAGAAUUGGAUCGAACGCAUGGUGGGGUCCAUUAAUUCUGUAUUGUUAGACCUUUUGCAAAAAGAGGAAAAAAAAUAUUAGGCUCAAAAUUGUAUCUUGUUUGAUUUUGUUGGCGUUACAAAUUUAAUUUUCUCCACAUAUAGUGUCUUGUCUUGUCCACCACACAUGAUGAAAUGGGAUGAUUUUUGGAAGUAUAUAUGUAGAGCCCAGAACCUUCUGACUGAAUUAAGUUCGCAACAUGUUCAUGCUGAAACAACUCGGAUCCAACUCGUUCGCACAUGGAUGGGCUCUAAUUCUGCUGGAGUAUAUAUUCCCUAUUUAAACCCAUUUAUAAUACCAUUCAUAUAUGUUUUCUCUUGGUGGUGAGAGUUUGCUAUAAGAUUUGAUCGACUAUUUUUUGUUAA